UUUGUCGGGUUGUUUCGUUUGUGUUUUCUUACUUUAAUUUUUUUCUCGACGAUAUAAUUAUAUAAUAUAAUUAAAUGGCGCGUACAAAAGCUUCUGUUGGUGCUAAAAUAUCUUCUGGAAAAAGCAGCAAAGCUCGAUGUAGCGUUGCUCCAUCAGCUAGCAGUAAUGUUGGUUCAGGUAGUGCGGAGAGAGGAGCUCGCGGCAGCUCCGGUGGUGGUAAUCCGGUCUGUCCUCGCGAGACUCCGAAGUGGCAGAAACCGAUCACAAACUUUUUCGUAUGCAACAACAAGUCAACUGAAUCAGAUGAGGAUAAAGAAGGAGAAGAAUGUAGAGAGGAAGCCGGUACAUCGAAGCCUAAAAGGAAAAAGAAUGUGAUACAAUCGGACGAUGAAAACGAAACCAAUUCAGUGCACAACUCAUCGAAUGGUAGUUUAGAAUUGGAACCAUUGAAUGGUGAAGACAGUCAUAAAAUGGAGGAAUAUUAUUCGAAGAAUUCCAAAGGUAAGGGCGUUGGGAAGAAGACUAAAGGCAAAGAGAAUGUGGACUGCAACGUGGAAAGGAGGAACUCGAAGAGAGAUCUGGAAGAAAUCACUUUUGGUGAAGAAUCACCCCAUGUCAGUAAGAAAAUUAAAGUGAAUUGAUAUUUUAAAUACUUUAUUCAUAGUUAAUAUUUUUUGGAAUAAUGUAUAAGGUAAAGUCGCCUAAAAAAAUCUUUUUUCACCGCUAUAGUGCUUAAAAGCCAAAUAUAAUCAAAAGGGUAAUUGUCUAAUUUUAAAAUCUAUCGUAAUCACUUUUAAAAAAAUAGCGAUUGUGAUAGCGGUUUAUGGAAUUAUAUAACUUAAAGGAGCAGUUGCUUUUAGUACUUAAGAUGAUUUUAAUGAUAAUAUAAUGAUAUAGACAAUUCAUUUCGCUUAUAAAGAUAUUUGUAACUAUCACUUAGACACAUCCGAUUAACGUAAAAUGGACGUUAUCGUUCAUACAAUAUCUUUCAAAAACGUCGCGAUCGCAAGCGCUAUCAAAUGUCAAAUUGUAGCGUGUAGUUCGUGAAUAUCUUCAAAUGUCAAAUUCAAAGUGAUUGUGAUUGAUUUUAAAAUUAAACAGGCUGAUUUUUUGGGUUCUGUACCCAAAAGGUAAAAGGCAACCCUUUUACUAAGACUUUGCUGUCUGUCUGUCUGUCACCAGGCUGUAACCUCAUAAACCGUGAAAGUAUUUCUGUUGGCGCUUCAACAAGAAAUAUUAAUUAUUUGGUAAUUAGAAAAUAUUUGGUAGAUACAAAAUAUUCAUAAAUAUGUCACAAACAAUGAUAUAAGGGCUCGGCUUAACACUGGAUUCUGGCGAAAUCCACAAGGGCAAUGCCAUUAAUCAUUAAUUAAAAAGAAGAAGAAAUUCAGACGAAAAGUUGACCUACACUGUAAGAUACUCUUGGUUUAUGCUAUCCUGGUACUGUAUGUCGUUAGUGGCUCGCGCGACGGGCAUAGGGUAUCGAGGUACCUAUAAUAUAUGCGGGCGAUGUCGUGGGCAAACAGCUAGUUUAAUUAUAUAUUAAAAUAAUUUUUUUAAACAUAUCACAAACAAAGAUAUAAGGAAGGGCUCCACUUGAUAUGUUGACCUACGCUGUAAGAUACUCCGGUUUAUGCUAGCCUGGUACUUUGUGUUGUUAGUGACUCACACGCCGGUCUCAGGGUAAGGAAGUACCUGUUUUAUAUCGUCAGUGACUGAGGUCCUGGGUUCGAUUCCCGGUCAGGUCAAUGUAGAAAAUAUUUUUUUCCAUAUUGUCUCGGGUCUGGGUGUUGUUGUGCCUUCCAUGAAUCAUAUCGAAAGGGUUAGCCACUUAUUUAGUUUAAGAUCUUAUUUAUGUAUGUGAUAUUGUAUAAUAUGUUACUUCAAAUCAUGCUUUGUUAAAGGAAAUUCAUGAUUAUUGUCUCCAUAAGUCUAAGAGGUUUUUGUAUUUAUUAAUGAUCAGUGGCUGUUAAUUGUGUCUGUUUAUUAUUAGUUUUUUUUAUUGUUUAGUGUUUAUAGAAUAAUAAAAAAAUGAUUAAUAUAGAAAGAUUUGACAAAGAUGUAUUAUCAUAAAUAGAUAAGGAAAGGAUGAAGAGUAUUAAAAUAAUUUUAUAGCAGUCUUCUAGAAAAUCUCCAUUAUUUUUCCUGUGCCGCAGUGACGCCAGACGCCAGACAGUUCAUUCAGAAGUUCAGUAUUAGUAUUGUAACUAUGCAACAGAGGGCGUUAUUAUUUAUUAAUUAAAUUUGUUCAUAAACGUUGACAAAUAGUUUUUUGGUUAUUUAACACAAUAGAGCUCCAAAAAGUUGCUCUUAUUAUUAUUUGGCUUCAAUAAUAAUGUCUAAUUCAGACAAAAUGUCAAAUAAAACAGUCAAAUAUCUCUAACCGUAAGAUGUUGGCCAAAUGAAUUGUUUUUUCUAUGACGUAUGUAUGGAUAGUAAAUUAAGAGUUAUAAGAUUAUAAUAAUGUUACCAGUGAUGUUAAGUUUUACAUUAAUAAGUCGUUGCUUAAUAAAGAAAUAACAACUGGACGUUUUGUUUUUUUAGUGUUUGUAGCACAGGAAAGUUGUUAUGGUGUAUAUCCUGGUAGUAGCGAUUAGGAAGUAUUUAAAAAACACAUAAGUUCUCGAAAUCAAACUAGAUGUCUCUACGGUACACAAAAUGGAAAUAAGGAUGACGACAAAUUCUUGUUGUUUUUCCUUUAUUUUGUAAUUUUUUUCAUAAAUAACUAGUCCCAAACAUCUCGGGAUUUCAGGCACCUAUUUACCUUUCAUAUAGCAUUGUGCAUUGAUCAAACGCAAAAUUAAUCAAAUAAAAUAAGGUUUUUUAAAAUUUCUUCAGUAAGUAUUGUUUGGAUAUAGUGUAACCAAUAACAAAAAAGAAAAAACAAAUCACUUUUUAUUAAAAUAAGUUAUCAUCUUCAUACCAUAUCAUCUUCAUCCAUAAUAGCCAACGCAUCUUUAGUAGCGAUUUUGUCGACGGACAGACCGUCAUUUGUGGUACCCCAAGUUUCAACUUUUAAAUUGGGUAUCAAUUUCUCCAAAUCAUCUUCCAUCUUUUGUUUCACCAUUUGAGAUUUAAUAUCAUCGUCCAACAAUUUAGUGUCGUUAAGAUAAGUCUCGAUUUCAAAAUCCGGGGUUUUUUUUUCAUAUGCAGUUGUAUGUGUUGUAACUUUAUCGAUAGCUUUAGUAGUUGCGUUAUUUGCUUCAUUACGUGUAACGAUAUCAUCUGUUGUAGAAUUUGUAGUUUGAGAACU